AUGUCACAACUUCCGCGAUCCGCCUCGUAUGGAGCUGCAGAUGCUGUGGAAGAAGAGAAAGGAUGGCGAUUGGAAAGGAGACAUGCUGUGGCGAUUCUCGCUUUCUUCGGAUUUGCCAAUAUUUAUGCGAUGAGAGCGAAUCUAUCGGUGGCAAUCGUUGAAAUGACGAGUGGGACGGAUAACGAAAGAAAUGGAACGAUAACGCAUAUAGACGGAGAGUUCUCUGAAUGGACUCCAAUGAUUCAAGGAGUUGUUCUCGGUUCAUUCUUCUAUGGCUACAUCAUUACCCAAAUCCCUGGAGGUUUUCUCGCUCAUCGUUAUGGGGGAAAACUCGUGUUCGUUGGUGGAGUGGCUGGAACUGCUUUCUUCACUCUAUUGACACCACCAUUUGCUAAAAUGGGCUACAUGAUGAUCAUCUUUGCGAGAUUUAUGGAAGGAUUGCUUGAGGGUGUCACCUAUCCAGCCAUGCAUGUUGUAUGGUCUCAUUGGGCUCCCAUUCUCGAAAAGACAAAACUCGCAACAUUUGCCUUCUCGGGAUCAUAUUUUGGAACAGUUGUAGCCAUGCCUUUAUCCGCUUUUUUUGGACAACAUUUUGGAUGGCCAAUGAUCUUUUAUUUCUUUGGACUUGCUGGUUUGCUUUGGUGCUAUAUCUGGUGGAAACAAGUAGCUGAAACGCCAUCAAAUGAUUUAAAGAUCACAACUGACGAAUUAACUCUAUUGCAGAGAGAUGCUGUCAAUACAAAUACAUAUAUCGUUCCUUGGCGUCUGAUUCUUCGAAGUAAACCAGUUUGGGCAAUUGUGAUUGCUCACACCUGUCAGAAUUGGGGCUUCUACACAAUGCUCACAAAUCUUCCUCGAGUGUUGAAAGAUUUAGCUGAAUAUCAGCUGGAAAAGGCUGGAUUUGUUGCCGGAUUGCCAUAUCUUGUGAUGGGAUUCUUAUUGAUUUGGGCAGGGCAAUUCUCGGAUCAUUUGAGGAAAGAAAGAGGGAUGACAACUGUGAGAGUUCGCAAAUUUUUCGGUGUUGUAGGUUUCCUCGGUCAAGCAGUGACAUUAAUAGCCGCCUCGUUGGCAUCAUCGUCCACUUGGUUGGUUGGAUGGAUCACUUUAUCGAUGGGUUUUGGCGGUUUCACAUGGGCUGCCUUUUCCGUCAAUCAUCUUGAUUUGGCUCCACAAUAUGCUGGUCAUUUGAUGGCUUUGUCGAACACGAUCGCCACUCUACCUGGGAUGAUCAGUCCACUCAUUGUCGGAGCUGUUGUUGUUGAUGCUUCUGUCGCCCAAUGGAAUGUGAUCUUUUACAUCACAACGGUGAUCUAUUUGAUCGGAGCUUUUAUGUAUGCAAGAUGGGCAUCGGGAGAGAUUGAACCGUGGGCUUCCGAUCAUAUGCCUUUUGCUUCGGAGCUACAA